AUGACCACGCCCUCCAAACACACCAAGAAGUACACAGCCAGCAGCUACCUGAGCCUGACGCCCGAGUGGUGGAGGUCCCGCAGAAGCUACAGCUGCCAGGCAUCAGCCAGGACCAGCAGCUCUCAGUCAGUAGCUAGCAGAAGGAGGAGGAGCUCCGACUGUGCUGUGUCCCAGCAGUUUUGUGCCUUUCGGUGCUUGUCGUGUUCGUUUAUUUUUCAGAGAAGACAGCAGAUAGCGGCAGAUUGUGUGUGCCCCAAAGUCAGUUCCAACUGUGGCUGGCACAGGGGGAAGGCAGCAUCCAGUGAUGAAUCUGAUAUUUAUGAGGCUGUGGCUGCUACAAAAUCAGAAUCCACUACUGUAGAGCCUGGCAAGCCGGAUGUGGGAGCCACAGAGGGCCCCGACCUGCAGCACAUCAGCAACCAAAAGAUGCCCACAGCUCCUGAUAGUUUGAGUUUAAAACCUCUACCACCAAGUGAGGAAGACAAUGAUAAUGCCCAGAUUUUAGCAUCACGUGUCCAGGCUUGGCCUGAGGACCGCCUGUUUUUAAGAUGCCCACAACGAUACAAAGAUGAAGAUCAUGAUGAUGAUGAUAUCCAUAUAACAGCUUGGAGAGAAAACGACUUGACGCCGGAGAGUAUAAGUGACGAGGAGACUCAUCCAGCUUUGCCUGAGGACCGUCUGUCUUCAAGAUGCUCACCACGAUACGAAGAUGAAGAAGAUGACGAUGAUGAUGUCCACAUAACAGCUUACUCAUCCAGCUUGGCCUGGGACCGCCUGUCUGUAAGAUGCUCACCACGAUACAAAUAUGAAGAAGAUGAUGAUGAUGAUAUCCAUAUAACAGCUUGGAGAGAAAACGACUUGACGCUGGAGAGUAUAAGUGACGAGGAGACUCAUCCAGCUUGGCCUGAGGACCGCCUGUUUUGA